AACAUUAGUAAAAUGUAACAUAAAACUCCUACUGCAUUGUGAAAUACUCCAUUCUUGUUUGGCGUGUGAUUACAAUUUGUGCUUACUUUCCAGAUGCCACAAAUUGGUAAAUAUAAAUACAAAUUUCGAACUGAAAUUCUCUGUGGUGCGCUUUGGGGUGAGUGUAUUCUGAUAAUAUACUGGCAGUUUUUACAGAUUAUUCACAGUGAAACAUUUGUGUGAAACAUUUGUUCACAUAUGUAUUUCGGUGGGAUUUGUCUUUUUCUUAUCUAUUCCAUACUUGGUGAAAUCCACGUUACAUGCACGUAUGUGUCUUGGCAAGGGCUUGGAAUGUUUUGUUUUAACACAGUUGUUUUGUUAAUAAAGGUGUCAACCUUCUGAUUGGAACAGAAAAUGGCCUUUUUUUGCUGGAUAGAAGCGGCAACGGAAAAGGUAGGGACUUACAUGUCAUACAUAUAAAUAAGCAAGGGUAAUGCUAAAGUGCCUUGGGUAUUAGUAUACUACUUCAUACUCUAAUGCUCAAUAACACGAGCUGGUUAGGCUAAUAAAGCCCAACUAUUUAGGAUUUUGGAUCUUUUAAAACAAACAGGCCAUUUUUAAAAUUUCAUUUGUCUUUCUCUAAUGUUAUAUCUGCGACAUUAGUUCCAUGAUUUCACAUCUUUAUAGUUGUACUCCCAUAUGGCAUUUUAACACUAUGCUUGUACAUUUUUUAGAUCGGUUCGUAACGUUAAUGUAUACAUACCGGCAUGCAUACAUACCGUAGAAAAAUAAUCAUAUUUGUGUUAUUUGGUGUUUAGUUUUUACAAUGGUGUCAAGGAGGAGAUUUGAACAGAUUGACGUUUUGGAAGGCAUAAACGUUUUAACGAGUAUUAGUGGUAAUGUAUUUUUGUGUUAUGAAAUCUCUUAUACGGCUUUACGGUUGCCCACUAGGGGUCAUGGAAGAUACAAUUGGUUUUAUCCGUGGAGAAGUAUACGUUUUAAACGACGAGACUUUUUAUACAGUACGCGGGGACGUCCAUUUAGUACGUACGCAUGGGGGUUAUGUUGAUUUAUACAUUUGCGUAUAAAUGGGGGUAGGUGCAUGGUUAAAACGUUCGUUCGUAAGUAAGCAAAAUUAUUUUUUGGGACAAAAGAAUAACUUUAUUUCAACAAAUAAAGAUCAGAGGUUUAAAGGCAUGUGCACUAGACAAGGCAAAUACAGUACGAUCGGAUUGUUCACCAAACAUGCUUAUAUAUUAUUUUGGAAUAAGUAUUAAGUAAUGGAGUUAAAAUCAUAUGAUGCGGAGGGAAGGUGAUUCAUAGUGUCUUCAUGUAUGCAUACGCAUAGGGGUAUGUACACGCAUAUAGGGGAGGGUGCUUACAAAUGGGGUGCUUUGAUAAAAUAUUCCUGAAAUUUAACUUGCGUACUAAAUGGAUGCCCCCUACAUAUUUUUAAACGCCCAUACAAUAUUGCACAGGUUAAUAUUUAUUGUUCAAAAACUAAUUUCAUAUCUUUAUUGUCUUUUCUCCAGGGAAAACAAAUAAAUUGCGUGUGUAUUAUUUAUCUUGGUUAAAAAACAAGAUCGUGAAAGGAGAUGAGGUACAGUAUCGUAUAAAAAUAAAUCACAAAAUCAUCACACACUCACGAAAUAUUAAUUUUCGGUAACCAUCUUUAAAUCGCAUUCCUACAGGCCGAUAAAAAUAAAUUGCGAGGGUACGUUACCGUGGGUGAAUUUGACGGUUGUACUCAUUACAAAGUUGGUAAGUAUCAUGAACCACUAGAUUUCUGUAUAUAGCUUAAACCAGUAUACAGUUCAAAACAGUGCAGUUCAGCACAUUUAAAGUACUAUUGAGUAUAUAGUGCAGAAAAGUACAUACAGAGCAUACAUAUUGUACAAACAUAUACAGCAUACAUAUAUAGUAUAUUGUACAUGCAUACAGCAUACAUGCAGUAUAUUGCACAUAUAGUAUCACUGGAAAAAAUAGUGAAAUCCAUACAUUAUAAUAUCCAUAGGCAUAUAGUGUGGAAAUUGCAAUUAGUAUGAAAAUUGAAUUUCCGUACUAUUUUCAGAUAAGAUCAUAUACAUAUGGUAUAAAAUAAUAUAAUAUAAUAAUUAUAUCGUAUAUUGUAUACAUGCAUCAUGCAUGCAUGCAUGCAUACAGCAUGGCAUCGCAUGGUACAGGACAGGACCGGACACCACUAUGCAAUCACGUUUUUAUUGUAUUUUUCGUCCUAAAUGCAAAACUCGAUGUAUACUUUAACUGCAGAAAAUGUAAAGUAUUGCAACAUUUAUAAUACAAUUUCAAAUGUUCCCAUACAUAAAAUUAAAUAUCUUCUACUUUCAGGAGUAAUGUUUAAUUUUGUUUUUAUUUACAGUCAACUUCCAUCGAAUAAAGUUCUUAUCUAUAGCUGUUCAAGACAGAAUUGAGGUUUACGCCUGGGCGCCAAAACCUUAUCACAAGUUCAUGGCUUUUAAGGUACUAAGUGGCCCUCCGAGUCAUAUCAGGCAUUAUCAAAAUGCAUGAGCGCAUUACGGAUUUUUAGAGGGACUUGAGCUAGCUAUCAUCUAAACCUGCAGUAAAUGUCUAUCAACUAAAAAAAAGUCUGAAAAUAACGUCAAAGUAUAGUGAUGGAGUCAAAUUCAUAAGCUACAAUGCAUGCAGAGUCCUACACCAGUGGAGUUUGAUUCCAGGAUCCAUUCUCGUCUGCAGGCUACUAGUUUUGCAGGCUACUAGUUUUAGUUCGCUUGGAGGGGUCGUCCCCAGACCCUAAUCCAAAGAGUGGCUACCACAAAAAUAUAAAGUAUAUUAUUGUUGAAUGUAUAUUUCAUUUGAUUACAGUAACACGAUUCCGUACGUUUCCUUUGCUGAUUUUGAUAUGAUCUUUAUGUCUUUGUGUUUCUUUCCUUUUUGUAGUCAUUUACGAAUCUUGUUCCCAGACCAGUAAGUGUAAAUAUGACAGUUGAAAGUGAUCAGAGCAGACUAAAAGUUAUUUAUGCUUCAGAGAGUGGUAAGUGUGGGUAUUGGGUAUAGUUGCGAUGUCGUGUUUUGUAGUUGCGGUCGAGCGAUCGAUGGUACAUAUGCAUUAUAAAACAAUAUUUCGUUCCGAGAACUCUCCUGCUGAUCGGGUAAAAAGUACCAAAAUUAAGAUGUCAUCGUUCCUGGAUCGCUAUAUAAUAGAUGGUCAUUUGCAAUUGUGGGUUUGAUAAUAUUAUGACAUAUAAGUCUAAAGAUUACUGUAUCUAUCUGGUCAAUUACUCAACUUUGUGUACAUUUCACUCCAAAAAAGCGUACGGGAUUUUCGGAUUUUUAAAAAUCCGCGGAUUUUUUAGCGGAUUUUUCCCGGAUUUUUUAGUGGAUUUUUGAAGAGAAAAUUUGCUGGAUUUUCCGGAUUUGUUCGGAUUUUUUUUGGAUUUUUGAAAAUCUGUUGGAUUUUCCGGAUUUGUUUGGAUUUUCCGGAUUUGUUCGGAUUUUAUCUGGAUUUUUUUUUAAUUAUAGAGUUAUAGAGCUAGGUAACGUUUUGAACAAAUAAUCUUAAGUUCUACGACGUUAACGUUAUGCCAGAACGUCAGGGUCGAGCAGAGGACAGGGACUAGGACCACAGCCUUCAGAAACUAACGAAGGCUGGGCAUGCAGUCAUUUUGUUUAAAAUUCAAACAAGUUCAUUAUUCUUUCAAAAACAGUAAAAGACAAUGGUGAAUAACUUUUGGUUUUGUAAUUAUAUUUUACAACAUAACGUCAUUGUAACAAGAACACAUAUUUAGUAGUAAUAGGCUAAAAAAACUUAGCAUAUACUCGAGCGUAUAAAUGGAAAUGUAGAGUGGUCCAAUAAUUACGAAAUAUAAUGACAGCGAUCACGGUAAGCGUUUAGCUUUCUCUGUCUGCCAUUUUGAACGUGGCAAAGAACCUUUACGAGUAAAUUACACCAAGUACUUCAUAUAUUUUUUGUGGAUUUGCGGAUUUUUUAAGGAUUUUGAAGGAUUUCUGUGGAUUUUUGAAGGAUUUCUGUGGUUUUUAAAGGAUUUUUCGGAUUUUGAUGGAUUCAACGGAUUUUGAGGAUUUCAUGGAUUUUUUCUGGAUUUUUUCCGGAUUUUUUGACGAAGUGUACGGGAUUUUUGGAGUGAAUUGUCCCUCGUUUGUGUACACAAGAUGCUUUUAUUCCGAGUUUGUUUUAUAUUUAUACUGUAAUAUAUCUACACUGUAAAUUCACAUAAUAAUAUAUCUACACUGUAAAUUCACAUAAUUUGUGCCAUUUGUGACACAAUAUACGUCUUAGUUUUAAUUAUAGUAUUGCUUGGCCUAAUAUUUACCCGAAGAAACGAAAAUAAGGCUCUGCUCGCAGGGUACCUAAUAUUAGCCUCUCAGUUAUUUUUUACGUGAACGAUCUUCCGCAGGAAACAUCUACAUCGUCUAUUGCUUUGUAUGCUGAUGAUACUAAAUGCUAUCGUCCAGUUAGAUCACAUAAGGAUGAACAAUAUCUUCAAAAAGACCUCGAUGGUAUUAACAAUUGGUGUGAAUUGUGGCGGAUGGAUCUGAAUCAAUCGAAAUGUGAAGUUCUUUCGGUGACCAGAAAUCUGAAGCUAGUGCCGUCGAGCUACCACCUUAAGUACGACACUCCCAUCAAGAGAACCAAUGCCCAGAAAGAUCUUGGAGUGAUCAUCACAUCCGAUUUGAAAUGGAACCAGCACGUGUACAUGGUAUGUGCCAAAGCGAACAAAAUUCUCGGCUUCAUUAAAAGAUCAUCAAUGGACAUUCGCAACGAGAAAACCCGCCUUGCGCUUUACAAGACAAUGGUGCGAAGCCAGAUGGCAUAUUGCACGCAAAUUUGGUCACCACAGUCCGUAUCACUUAUCCUUCAAGUAGAAAACGUCCAACGUCGCGCCACGAGAUACAUUUUAUCACUGCCAUUCCUGUCAGGAGUAUCAUACAAAGAUAGACUUGUCAAAAGUGGUUUACUACCAUUAACAUACUGGCAUGAAUUCCUGGAUAUGGUCUACCUUUACAAAGCGUUAGUUCUAUCUAAUGACCAUAAUAUCCAUGUAAAGACAACAGAUCGGUUGACGAGAGAAAAUGAUGGAACAGCAAAAAUUAUAUUACAAGUUCCUAGAGUAAACACUUCAACAUUUCAGAACAGUUAUUACUGCAGAUACCCAGGACUUUUAACUGUUUACCAUCACACUUACGGCAGUCAAAUCUCUCAGUCAGUCAAUUUAAAUGCGGCCUAUUUAAAUAUUACCAAAAGCUUGUUGAAGAGGUCUACGACAUUGAUGUUCCACAAACGUUUAAAACAGUGUGUGUAAAGUGUCAUUUGUGUCGUCCCUUGUCCAGUCUUUCUGUCAAACUGUGUUGUCAUUAGUUGCUGUUAACCCAGUGGAAAUAUCACUUUUUAGUGAGCAUGUGGAAUUUAAAUUAAAUUCCUUUUCUUUUUCGAUCCACAUGAUUAGAAUUGCUCAGGACCACAUUAAAUCUAACGUCUCAGUGAUUAGCGAUUUUGAAGCGAUAUAUCCACUGUGUUAACCUAUAUUUCAGUAUUGCAUUAGCAGGUUACCCGUAAAGGUGCAACUAGCUCUGUGGGUUAAACCGGUCAUGUGACAAAGAUUGUAAAAUAAAAAAUAAAUAAAAUAUAUAGUACGUCAGUUUCAGAAUCCUUAUACGCCAUCACCGCGCACGGUCAACUCCCACGCCAUAUAGUACGUCAGUUUCAUUCCACUUAUACGCCAUCACCACGCAGUCUAUCACGAAUCAGCGCACGUCAAGUGGCGUUGGCAUUGGCUUCACGUUUCUCCCGCAUGUUAUCAUUCCAGAUAAAAGACAUGGAGUUCACUGAGUCAGUCUAAAGUAGUUGUCAUGGUAACACGAUAUUUUUUUAAGAAUAUUCUUACAAAUCGCCUAAAAAUAUCACUUUUAAUUACAAAAUUAUCAAUUUCCCAACAUAUAUAUGUUAGGUAUGUUAUUCUACGUAAUAUAAGCUUCAAUUUAAGGUAAAAUUCAACCAAAAACGCUUCGCAAAACGUUUUAAAGUGUUCUUUAUAAAACUAAACUGCCUUUUAAUAAUUAAACUGUGGCUUUAUCGAUCACAGGCGGCCCAAUCUUACCCUGUGUCAUUAAUUUAUUACGUUAUAUUUUUAUAUAAAUAGUAUAUUGAAAAUCAUUAGAAAAUCCUGUGUUAUUAAUUUAUUACGUUAUAUCUUUUUAUAAUAGUAUAACGAAAAGCACUUACAUGUGUUUCCUGAAAGAUUUUAACGAGAACCGGCCAAGAUUGGCGUUGACAAGAGGUUAACGGCCAUAGUUGGGGUUGACAUGAGGAUUAACAGCAGGAAAUAAUACAAAGCUGGUCACUUUGACCGUUAUUUGGACUAAUUGGGACAAACGCUGACAGAAAUCAAUCGGCUUUCAAAACAACAACCGACCAAUGACAAUGCAGCGUGUAAUUCGAAUUUGAAGGCCAUGGAUUCAUACCGAUCACAAACCUCGGAAGAUUAGACAUUUGUAAGUUUCAAUUGGGAUUUUCUGCAGGAAGAUUAUUGUUCAAUUCUGUUAAAGAAAAGUAUAAUAUGUAAAAAUUAUUGCUCUUCCGAUGUAACGUAAUUUGGCGACGAUGCGACAGUCGAAGUUUGCGUUAUUCGAUUGAUUUCUGUCAGCGUUUGUCCCAAUUAGUCCAAUUAACGGUCAAAGUGACCAGCCUUGUAUUAUUUCCUGCUGUUAAUCCUCAUGUCAACCACAACUAUGACCGUUAACCUCUUGUCAACGCCAAUCUUGGCCGGUUCUCGUUAAAAUCUUUCAGGAAAAACAUGUAAGUGCUUUUCAUUAUACUAUUAUAUAAAGAUAUAACGUAAUAAAUUAACAACACAGGGUAAGAUUGGGUUGCCUGUGUAUCGAUAAACUUUGAGUUUGCAAUGAAAUGAUUUCAAAUUCUCGCAUGCAAAUGACCUUGCUUUCUUUUUUAUUUAAAAAAUUCAAUAUAAUAAAAAUGGAAUCAAUAUUAAUAAUACACUGAAAUUAUAUCCUGUCUUGUUUAGUUGUUUCAUUAUACGCAAAGUCAAAGUGCCAAAGGCCGUCGGGUUUUAAAGCAAUUAUAUUUAUAAAAUCAAUAUUUAAAACAAACUUACCUUCGUUAACGUGGGCUCCCUUCUUUUAGCCGAUUCUUUCGCCCUUUCUUUCUGAGAAAGCUUCUGAAAUUUACAAUAUCUUGCAAAAAUGCGAGCAAAAAUGAAAUGUAUUUGCAAGAUAUUUAUCAAUCAUCAAAUAAAGAAAUAUUUGCUAUUUCGCUGUCCUCAUGCAGUCGUUAUAAUGCAAACUUUAAAUUGGACCCAUCAGUGUUCGCUAUUCAUGACAGUCCGCCAUAUUUUUGAGAUCAGUGAGGAUGACCACCCACCCCAACAUCGUUGGUCACCCACGCCCGCGGAAAUUGAUGAACUUUAGACUUCGCUAAUGCUUUCGUUUCCCCAGGGUGUAAAUAGCCGGGGGAAUUAGUACCCUCGCACGGCGCUUCGCACCGUCGGCUCGGGGACAAUAGCGACUACUAUUAUUUUAAACAUGGAAUGGAAUACUUCAUGUGGAAUUUCUAUAUUUCAUCUGUUAAAAAAAGGCGAUGGGUUGCUGCAUGCAUGUAUUUCUUGUAUAUUUAGUGUUUGCUGAUUGGCUAAUUGGACCCGGACAAAAAGUGGGCGGUUAUCAAAUUACACUGCCAAACCCAGCAGGCGGUAUUUUAGACCGCCUACCAUGCAGGCUACUCUACACCAAGGACGCUUAUAUAUAGGGCGGUGAAACGGCAAUAGGCGCACUGAUCUAUGUCUGAUUCAAUGAACUCGUAACGAGCCUUCGGUUGUUCCUAUGGCGACGUUGUCUUACUGUAUGACAAGAUAAAUAUCGCGACAAAACUGAGCUGGCGGACAUUUUGUAGUCAAGUUUUUAUGAAGAUACAGAUAUUGGGGGUAAAAUUCCGAAUGUUAUACGAUAAUUUUGUAGAUUCAGCUAUUGUAUUUUCAUAUAUUUCUUUGAGUUUUUCGCUAUGCUCAAAACGCUUGCGAAAGCUUACGAAAGGUGAAAGGUUUUUAAAAUUCUUCGUAUGGCACGUAGGAUCGUUUACGUUCGAUAGAAUACAACUUAGGCCUUAUAUUAAAUUUAAUACUAAAGGUGAGCUUUUCACUCAAAAAUCAAGAAAUUAACGCCCAACUUCAAUUUCGAAUUUCUUAACGAAUCCUUACAAGAAUUAUAGUCCUCUAGGCUGGCAGAUCACACAAUUUCAAUGUUGGGACGAAACGUUUUCGAAAACUGCGUUCAACAUAUAUACAUCCAGGCGGAUCGUAUUUUGAUUAAAUUAAAUAGCCAAGAAGUAAAAUAUGUUUACGGCUCAGAGUUACUUCAUCUGAAUGCUGUAAAAGUACGGUAUUUAAAAGUAUGAACUUAUUAACAUAAUAACAUAAAAUCAUGACAUGACCAAUUGUUUUCAUGACAUGCCAGUGCCUUUUUUAAAGAAUUUUCACUGGGACAAAACAGGAAAAAAGGCAGAACGAAAAACAUGAGCCGUCGAGGUUUGGCGAACGCGCGAGGCUGAAGAGAGAUUUUGUAAAACUUUAAUUUAUUAACUUUAACAAUAACUUCAACUCUUUGUAGCUAUAAUCGUACAGACAUAACCAGUGGCGUAGCCAAACCUUAAUUUCGCGGGCGGGGGGGGGGGAGCGAACCUCACGGCAAAGGCGUGAGACGGUCUAGGAGGGUCCGGGGUCCGAAAACAUUUGAAAUCUUGAGUCCCUGAAUUGCGAUUUCAUGCAUUUUGGGUGUGAAAUCUAGCAGAAUUUCCGCAUUCUCAAAAUUGCGUACCAUUUCCGUAUUCUCAAAAUUGCGUUGCUUUUUCAUACGACACAGAAUAAGUCUGAGAAGAAAUAUUCAUGCUAUGAUGAUGCAUACAUGUACUGUAUUUAACAGUUAAAAAUCUAAACUAAAUCUAUUCUUCUUGGAACCAUAUCUACAACUGCUUUAACGAGAUUUCACACAUCAAGUUCCUCCAGUAUAUCGUCUUUUUCCUCAGUCGAGACGUACUUAAUCAGUUUCAGCUUCGAGCAUGUAACGUGUAACACCCCCCUCCCCCCCCCCUCCAAUUUCUCUACAGAUUUAGCCUUUCUGAGAGAAUGGAUUUUAUGGCGAUUGGGGGUGGGGCUCUUAAUAUAACUUGAUAUUUUUAAGAAAACAUUUUGCAAUAAAACCUCCCAAAACAAAACUCAACGUCUCUGCUGAGGAGAGUGCUAGGACAUAGUCGCAAGACUUGGAAAGGCUAGCAUUUUAUCGGAUUGUUUGCAUGAAAUCUAAUAAUCGCUAUUAUGAAAUACUCUGUGAAGAGCAAUAUGAAUUACACACAAGAUGGCUGUGGAGGAGGCCAUGGAAGGGCAUAAUCUCAUCAAGUAAAUCAACUGCAAUUCUGACAGCAAUCAUGAGCAAUUUUGCUUCGCACUUCGGGGGCAGAAAUCGCUUUACUGAGGGGGGGGGAAUUCUUUCCCUGGGGGGCAAUUGCCCCCCCCCUCCCCAGAUAUAUAGUUAAAAAAGGCACUGUGACAUUCCCAAUUAUUUUUUACCUUGUAGCGAAAUACACCCAGCUACGAUGCAUGUAAAUAGGUGUUGCAAAACUGCAGAUCCAUCAGUCGCCAUGCGAAUGUUGUCAGUUGGUUUUUGGUCAUGCACUUUUCGUUUGUGUCGAUGUAAAUUGAACGGUUCAGAGAAAUAUUUUCCACAGAUAUGGCAUGAAUGAGACAUGUUUACUCUAUGACGAAUUGUUACAUACUAAAUCUUUCAAACAAAAACCGAGUUUAUAUCACACAACGCCCAGCUAGUAUCUCGGAGCCAGCUCCAUAGGCUCGGAGCCAGCUCCUUAAGCUCGGAGCCAAGCUCCUUAGGCUCGGACCCAGCUCCCUAGGCUCGGAACCAGCUCCUUAGGUUCGGAGCCGAGCUCCUUAGGCUCGGAGCCAGCUCGCUAGGCUCGGUGCCAGCUCCUUAGGCUCGGAGCCAGCUACUUAGGCUCGGAGCCAACUCCUUAGGCUCGGAGCCAGCUCCUUAGGUUCGGAGCCGAGCUCCUUAGGCUCGGAGCCGUGCUCCCUAGGCUCCAAGCCUUAGGAGCUGGCUCCGAGCCUAAGGAUCUGCCUCCGAGCCUAGGAAGCUGGCUACGAGCCUAAGGAGCUAUACAAAAAAUUUGGCGGCCCAUCCCAAACUGCCCAAAGAUUUUCCAUGGCCCAUCCCAAAUCACUCCAGCCCACCCUAUAGCUGUUACUUUACGGCCAGUCCCUAAGUUAGAGUAAUGGUACUACUUCAACAUACAGUAGGUUGUGCACACGAGACAUUUGCCUUGAGAAAUUAACAUCCAUUUGGUUUUAACAUUAUUCAGUGCCAAGUUGGAAUUAAGAGAAUAGUCUUAAUCUUCUAGUCUCGCUAUU